UAACACAAGCGGACUGUGAGGCUGGGAAAUUCCUACUGACUACAUAAACAUACGCGCUGUGAGCUUCCGAUUUCUACACAUGCGCAAUAAUUCUACACAAGCAAUGUGAAAGACGCAAACAGAAAAUUGCCAACCGGCUACAAAUAGUAGAGUUAAUACGAUACAGCAAUUCGCUAAAAGAGAUGAGGGGAGGACAAGAGCUGGAGAAGAGCAGGGUGUGGGCGAUGGUGGGCGGAGCGAGGGAGUGAAGAGGCAGUCGUACAGUGUCAAUACAGCAGUGUCUCAGAGCUGGCUGAUAACAUUGCGCCUUGCUUUGUGUCAGCAAAUAAACCCGUGCUAUCAGCUGACUGCUAGAAGCUGCAAAUACAAGAAAUGGAUAAAGAAUUAAUUGAUGUGGACACAGAGCAGACUAUAAGUUGUUUAACCCUCACUCUGUAUCAUCCAAAUCACCAAGAUCAAAAACUCUUCAGAGGCAUCAAUUUUAGCCGAAAAGAAGAAAUAAAGGCGGAUGCGGUAGUGGCCUUUGGGCGCGACUACAAUGUUUGCCGCUAUCCUUUGCUUAGUAACAGAGUCUCCCGCAUUCAGUUCAACUUGCAAUUGUUCAAGCAUUUCAACUGCUCCACUAGCACCUUUGAGAUAAAAAACUUGAGCAAAAAGAAUAAACUUUAUGUGGACAACCUGGAAUUAGAUUAUCUCAACAAGAUUGAGCUGCCAAAAAAGUGUAUGAUCCGCUUUGGAGAUUUCCAGAUAUUAGCAGAAAUAGAUGAAGGGGACUCCGAUGAGAAGUUUGAAAUAUGCUGUGAAAAAUCCCAUGUCUCCCUUGUUCAGGACAGUUUCAUACCAACUAUGCAGCCAAUUCCAGAAUGUGGAACCCUAAAUGCUGUUGAAAUUGACGAAAAUGAAUGUUAAAUUUCUAACUUAAAAUUAUAUAACAGACAGUGGUAAAAGUAUAAAAUCUCCUGGGCAAAUUUAUUGUAAAGGGGUGGUUCACCUUCAGGUUAACUUUUAGUAUGUGAUAGAAUGGCCAAUUCUAAGCAACUUUUCAAUUGGUCUUCAUUUUUUUAUUUUUAUAGUUUUUUUUAAUUAUUUGCCUUCUUCUCCCGACUCUUUCUAGAUUUCAAAAGGGGUUCACUGACCUCCUCUAAAACAAAAACUCUGUAAAGCUAAACAUUUAUUGUUAUUGCUAGUUUUUAUUACUAACCUUUCUGUUCCGACCCUCCCCUAUUAAUAUUCCAUAUUCUCAUUCAAUGCAUGGUUGCUAGGGUAAUUUGGACCCUAGCAACCAGAUUGCUGACACUGCAAACUGGAGAGCUGCUGAAUAAAAAGCUAAAUAACUCAAAAACCACAAAUAUUAAAAAAUGAAUAUCACUCUCUAUAUCAUACUAAAAGUUAACUCAAAGGUGAACAGCCCCUUUAAGUACAAAGUUAUUUUGUAAAUGUAUAAUGAUAUUUAUCAGUUGGAACCCCAAGGGACCCCCCAGGAGUUGCAGGGGCUAUUUCCUCUAUAGGUCCUCUAUUUGUAACACAACUUGGGAUAAUCACAUGUAACACUGCAGACACCAAGAAUCUCAUUGUUAUGAGCUGCUGGAGUCAGAUUGAGCUUACAUUCAAGUAACUGAAAAGGCAUCUGGAACUACUGCCUACUAUAAUUAAUAUGUGGUAUUUGUGUAUUAGCUCCAAAUGCAGUUUUUAUAAAUGUAUGGGACAUUGUGUCAUAACGCUCCUGGGAAAAUUUUCUGCCAUACAGUUUUUUUUUGGGUUUUUUUUAAAUAUGUAUAUAAAAACUUUUUACACUCAUGUCAAAUCAUUUUCCAUGCAGCAUACAUGCCCAGUAAUCACCAAUACUCUUCUGCUAGCAUUGUACAGAAUCACUAUAACCUGAAGGAAUGAUUUAUAUGGAGUAAGGGAACGUUUCUGUUAGCAAAACAUCUUUUCUUCUGAACAAAACAGUGUGUAUCUGUGUGUGUAUAUAGUCUGCAGGAAGAUAUUUGUAUUACAUGUUGAAUAAGUAAACAUAUAAAGAUUGCUGUGCAAAUUAA